CUUUGGAGAUGGCUCUACUGUCUCUGAAGCUAACAGCAAUUUUUUUAUUCUUUUUUGCAAUCUAUGUUUUAAUUUCUAUUUCUGAGAGCGCUGAGACUUGUGAAUGUGGAAAAAGGCCUCUAAUAAAGGACAGCCAGCGUAACUCUCGUAUAGUUGGAGGAGUAAAUUCCCAGCCAGGAGCAUGGCCCUGGCUAGUAAGCAUCCAGGCUUGGAGAGGUUCUGAUUAUGGACAUUUCUGUGGCGGCACAAUCCUGAACAACCAAUGGAUUUUGACAGCGGCCCACUGUCUCAUCGAUUACAAAACAACAUUUGACACAAUUAGAGUUGUAAUUGGAGCACGCAAGCUUUCUAAGCUAGGUUCGGAAACCCAGAUUCGAAAGGUUAAACAGCUAAUACUUCAUGAAAAGUAUUUGAGAGAAGGAAAACAUUCUUAUGACAUUGGUUUGAUUCUGCUGGAUGAGCCCAUCAAAUUUAAUGAUUACACCCAGCGGGCCUGUUUACCUUCUGCUUCACUAAAUGUGGCACAGAAGACCAACUGCUACGUAGCAGGAUGGGGUGUUCUCGAAGAAAAAGAGAUAGCAGCUGCAGAUAUCCUGCAAGAAGCUGGUGUGUUUUUCAUCAAUAAGGAACUUUGCAACAGCAAGGAGUGGUAUAAUGGCAAAGUAUACCCAUACAACCUGUGUGCUGGUCAUAAGGAAGGCAAGAUUGACAGCUGCCAGGGUGACAGUGGAGGUCCCCUUAUGUGCAAGAGAAAGACAUCUAAUGAUUAUAUUGUGGUUGGAGUGACAAGCUGGGGAAUAGGCUGUGCCCGAAAGCAACGGCCUGGGAUUUACAUCUCUACCCAGUAUUUUAACGAAUGGAUUGAAAGCAAGAUCACCAAGAAAGCAGAGGGCCAAACUAGGCCAAAGAGGUCUUUACUGAAAAAGAUCUUUUUUCCUCAACUACCCACUCAGCUACCGACAACACAGAGUCAUAAAGUGAAGCUACAACCGACGGAUACAUUUGAGCUAGAAGCAGCCAAUGAACAUCUUACAGAUACAAAUUCAGUUCAGCGUGUCCAGGUAAUACCAACAGCUGAUCCUGAGCACGUGGACUUGCGCCAAUCUAUAUGGCAUAGUUUGACACAGAUUUAUAGACGCAUCACUGCCUAUUUACGCAACCUCCUUACUGGACGCAAUGGAGGACUGACUUAACUUGGAGUUGCAUUUAGAUUACAAUGAUCUCCUGUAAGGACUAUGAAGAUUUUCAUUCAUCCAGGUCAUGGUAUAUCUAGUAUAAGAGCAUUCUGGACAAGGGAUUCUGGACAAUUUCCCCUUUCCGAGGAACGUAACUUCAUGUACCUGGACCAGGAAUGUAUAAUUACACCACUGACUGCACUUUUGAUUAUUAUUUAAAUAAAGCUAUAAAAAAAUUUCAA